CCAGUUCCCGCUGCUGACUCAUUAGCUCUCCCUAAUGUUCUCUGCGUUGUUUGGUUGCCUAAGCAUAAAAAAAUAUCUCCUGCUUUUUUACCCUUCUCCUUUGUUCUUAUAAGAAGAUUGUCCUCUGGACAUUGGACAGCUCUUUCCAGAUAUUUUUGUUUCCUUUCAGUUGCUCUGCAUCAGUGGUUUAGAUUCCUCCUAUAUCUUUGUAAAGCUUUGUUUAAUUUAAAGGAACCUAUUUGUGUUGGUCUUAUUUAUUUAUAGCACAUAGUCUGACCUCAGCAUAAGCUAGCUGUUUUAGGGAGGAUUGUUAGCCGUACUGUUUCUCUGCUGGGAGUAACUUCCAGAAGUUUCUAGUCAGAGAAAAAACACAAAAUCCUUGUUUUAUAUCAAACAACUCAAUCCCACAAAGCAUUAAUAACCUGGGUGAUAACAACCAGGCUGCUGGUGGUUGAUUUUGUAACAGUAAGAGCUAAGUUGGCUGGACUCUUCCACUUUAAGUCUUUGUGGACCUCCUUAAGGAGAUGGAUCCGGUGUGGACCACCACGGUUCUGCUGGUUCCGUGUGUCGUUGUGUUGACAGCUGGAUUUUUUUACCUGUACGGAGUGGUGAUAGGUCUGCUGUCCAAAACAUCUGUACGCAACAAGGUGGUUGUUAUCUCUGAUUCUUUAUCUGGGCUUGGAAAAGAGUGUGCAGGUGUGUUUCACAGAGGAGGGGCCAGGCUGAUCCUCUGUGGGAAAAGCUGGGAGAAACUUGAAGAACUUGCUGAUGACUUGGCGAAUGCCUCAGACCCAACUUUGACAUUUCCUCCUAAACUGGUUCUGUUGGAUUUUGGGGACUUGGACAGCCUGCAUGAGGCCAUCGAGGAGAUCCUUGAGUGUUAUGGCUGCCUUGACGUUCUCAUCCUCAACAGCAGCAUGAAGCUGAAAGCCCCCGCUCAGACUGUGUCUCUGGUGACCGACAAACUGCUGAUGGACAACAACUACUUUGGACCGGCCACGCUUGCCAAAGGUGUGUUGCCGUCUAUGAUCUCCAGGAGAACAGGUCACUUGUUUCUGGUCAACAGCAUCCAGGGGAAACUAGCCAUACCUUUUCGAACUACAUACGCAGCCUCCAAACAUGCAGUUCAGGCAUUCUUUGACUGUCUGAGAGCCGAGGUGGAAGAGUACGGCAUCUCCGUGAGCACCAUCAACCACACCUUCAUCAGUCGCUCAUCCUCUGAAAACACCGAACCUACCCCCUCCAGAUCUAUCUGCUCCUUUCUGUUCUCUCAGAAACCUCUUGGUGUUUCUCCAGAGGAAGCAGUGGCAGAAAUCGUGAAGACUUUGAGUAACAAGAAAAAGGAGGUGCUGAUUGCUCCCUCCCUCCCAAAGGUGGCACUCUACGCCAGGUCCUUCUUCCCCAACGUCUUCUUCGCUGUGAUGGCUGCAGGCGUGAACCACGCUGCUGCCUCCGAGAACAUGUAGAGCUGCAGGCAUGUGAUGUGUUUGCAUGAUAUGACGGGGUCAGGCUGAUACGUGUUGGAAGAAAUACUCCUGCAAGUCUGAGAUCGUAGGCAGGUUAAAACAACAUGAGCUAUCUUUAGUUUUUUUCAUAUUUUAACAUAAAUGUUUUGUGCUUCAUAUAACUUAACUUUAAUGAAAGAUAUUAAUUAAAAACAUUUACACACUG